CUUCAUUUCCGUCUAUCACAAUCACUUCGAAUAUUCUCGCCAGAAUAGACCCAGAAUGGAAUUCCCCUUAUCCUCAAUAACCCCCCAAUUCCCAAUCCCCUUCACCGCAUUCGCAAACCCAACCACCGAACCACCGAACCUCCAACACCUCAUCCAUCACCUAAACCUAUCUCCCCACAUCGAAGGCGGCUACUUCCGCGAAACAGACCGAGCGAGAGACCAAAUCGUCUGUCCAGCCCACGAGCACGAACCAACCCAUCCUCAUCCGCCAGACCCCAGAGCUAGACCUGGGGAAGACCAUCGAGCCCUAAGCACCACCUGCCUCUACCUCCUCACGCCAAAAAGCCCCAUCGAGGCGUUCCACCGCACCAGAGGCAGGGUCGUGCAUACGCUGCAUCGCGGACGCGGGGUCUGCAUGAUCUUGAAGAAUGGGGCUCGGAUAGGGAAGGAAUCGUCUAGGAUCGAAAUUGAGUCGUUUAUAGUGGGACAGGACGUGGCGAAGGGGGAGAGGUUGCAAUGGGUUGUUGAAGGGGGGUGUUAUAAAGCUAGCCUUUUGGUGCCAGAUGGAGAUGGCGAUGAGGGUGAGAAGAGUGGUGGGUUGCUCGUGAGCGAGACUGUGAUGCCGGGGUUUGAGUAUCGGGAUCAUGAGUUUUUAACGCGGCGGGAGUUGGAGGGUAUGCUUGAUCCGGGGGAGGCGAAGCAGUUGGGGUGGCUGCUUAGGGAGAACUUUACUCACGGGUCGGAUUUUCCGUGA